AUGAUCCUGGCACCCCGAAAUCCGGGAAAGAACAUAUAAGGGCGCCCUUUCCUGUCCCUUACAAAUAGACUUAUCCACUAAAACAUACAACUCAGUCAACCAAGACACCUGCAAAACCCUUUCAAGACUCAGAUCCAAACUCACUAUUCAUCAUGGUCCGCCUCAUGGCCCUCGGACUCUUCCUUAUCAGCGCCCUCACCGCGCAGGCCUGCACGUACUGCCAGUGCGAGUUCAGCGACAGCAGUCACUGCUGCGUAUACUCGGAUGCAACCAUCGGAGAGUUAGACUGCACCAGCAUCUGCGCUAAAGCUCAUCGGGCCGACGGCGUUAGCAAUGCGGAUGGCACAGCCGGUACUGCGUGCAAUGCUGGGGGUAAAUAUGAGUGUAUUAGUGCUAUUACGGCGCAGGGUCGGACGCCUUGCUACACUGAGUGAAGGAUAUGCUGGUUUGGAGAGGUACUUUAGCGGGAUGUUAGUUACAUGGAGCAUGAAGGACGGUACAAUCAGAAGCGUUGGCUUGAUGAGAGAGAUGUUGUACAUUCAGUGCCUCAAAUAACUCGUUUAUAUCU